AUGGCUGAAGCACCACCUCUUCCCUAUGGGAAUGAGAUGUUCGAAGUUUGCUUGCCUUUACCUCCUAAGGUCAAUUCUGUAGGCACCUGGGAAAACCUGACUUCUCCUUCGGUGAUUCUCGCGUAUUCAUUACCGCUUCUCGAGUUACAGGUGCUCUUGAUUUUCGUGGUCACUCAUCUUGUUUAUGCCAUCCUCAAGCCUCUUGGCAUCACCAUGUUUGCCUCACAAAUGUUUGCUGGCAUGAUCAUGGGGCCUGCAGUGCUGGGGCAAAUAGAAGGUUUCCGGAACAUAUUUAUUCAAAAUGAAUUAGUAUUAGAAGCCCUGGAUACUGCAGCAGGGCUUGGUUUCGCCAUAUUUUUGUUUUUGAUGGGAGUGAAAAUGGACGCGAGUCAUCGCAUGGCUUCUCGACGAGCUCAAGAUCAUAAAUUGAGAGCUGGGACGACUGGCCUAUCAGCGGCAGCCGUAAGUGACUUGAGCAAAUUAGUUCUAUAUGAAUUCUUUUCUUUGGCACGAUGUUGGCUGUGUCACCGUCGUUGGUUGUGGAGCGGGCAGGAGCUACCAUCUUUUUUAGUUCUUUUUCUUGUGGUUCGUCCAUGGAUGUUUUGGGUAAUUAGAACAACACCCGAAGGCAAACCUAUCGAGGAAGUGUACAUUAUGAUCAUCGUGAUGUUAGCUUUAGCAUCUGGUAUGUUCUCCAAUUGGCUCGAGCAUAGUCCUUUACCCGGGGCUUUCCUCGUUGGUGUAGCUGUCCCUGAUGGACUGCCACUAGGAUCUACCAUUGUAGAAAAGAUUCCAUUGAGAGACUCCAUGGCAUUGGCUCUCAUUAUGAGCACCAAAGGCAUCGUGGAGCUCUCAUAUUUAUCUAGUUUCAAAGACAGUAAGUGUGUUGACACUUUCCAUUCUAGUAAAUGCAACUAUAACCCCAAUCCUGGUGAAGUAUCUCUACGACCUUGUUUUAAGAAAAUACGCAUGCUAUCAGCAAAGAAACAUAAUGCACUUUCUGAGCUACGAGUUGUUGCAUGUGUUCAUAGACCUGAACACAUAUUGGCCUUGGUCGAUAUGUUUGAUAUCACAUGCCUUACGAAAGAGAGUCCUAAUGUUGUUUAG